AUGGCGGCCCUCUACAGCAUCUUGGCGCACCGAGCAGCACGGGGGGCUUCGCGACUUCAUAAUAAGGUCCCCAGGCUGGGUGUAUCCGUCCCCUCUGCUGACCGCCGUACCGCAGUUUACAGCUUCUCGCGGAGCCCGCGGGAGUCUGUGCAUCAGUUUCCGCCCGUUCGCCAUGUUUUUCCGUUCCGCUUCCGCCAAUUCUCAGCUUCCGCCGCCAGCAGCGCCCCCGGAACCCUUCCGCCCCCCGCUUACCCCACUGCGCCGCCGUCCCCGUCCCUCUCCGCCUCCCCUUCGCCUUUGCGCUCUCACGGGGAAGGGAUGGUUCUUGAAAGGGCGGCGAUUUCCACGGCGGAAUUCACGGCGCAUUUCAUGGACGGGGGAGUGGAGGAGGUGUUGGAGUCGCGUUUCAUCAACGUGGCAGCUUCUGCCACGCCAGCCGCAUCCGCGUCGUUUUGGCCGGGAACGGGUCAGCAAAUCAGCACGCGCCACGUGGCAGGGCGCCGUGACGGACAGCCCUCUGCUUCGUUUAGCGCCGGCGGGCGCGGCGAGUUAAGGGGCACGGAUGUGAAAGAUGACGGGAGCACGGGGGGAGGGGAAGGGCGCGCGGAGGUGCUCGAAGGCGGAGGGGAAUCGGGGGUACGGGGGGAGGCGUUGGGUGAAAAAAGCCGCGCACCAGAGGUGGAAACCGCGCCCAGCCUUCAAUCAGAGCGCAGCAUGGCGGAACAUAUCGGGGCAGUGCGCGGAGACAUGCAGGGGGCAGGCGCGCGGGGAGAAAAGGGGGAGGCGGAGGAAGGGGGGAAGCGGGAAGGUGCGGGUGGGGAUGGGAGCGGGGGAGGACCAGGGGGGAAUGGGCGGCGAGGGGAGGAGGCGGUGUGGGUAGAUGAUUUGGAUGGGAAGGGGUAUGUGAGUCUUGGUCGACCUACUAAUGUGGAGGUUGGAAGCACAGAAGGAUUGCUGGGGGACCUUGCACACGUGGCACCUAUGGAUAGGCUGGAUUCUGCCAGGCUGGCAGAACCUGAACCCGAACCUGCCGCAGACACGGGCGGCGAAACCGGCACCGCCACAGCUCCAGAGACAGACAAAACCGCCAGCUGUCCUCACGCUGCGACAGGAUUGGUGGACGCGGGCGGCGGGAAGGUGGUGAAUGCGAUGGGGAUGAGAGUGAGGAUUAAAGCCGAGGCGGAGCAGACGGGGGGGUCUUACAGUGUGAUUGAGUAUGAGGUUCCGGCAAGGGAAGGAUCAGAGGAGCACAUUCACACGCGGGAGCACGAGGCAUGGUUUCUGCUGGACGGACAGAUGACGUGGACCAUCGAGAAAGAGACCUAUCAAGCCAGCCAGGGCAGCUUCAUGCACAUGCCUCUUGGCCGGGCGCAUUCUUUCCGCAACAAUUCCGACCGACCUGCCCGGAUGCUGGUGGUCUGUAUGCCGGGCGGGCUGGAGAAAUAUUUCUUGGAAAUUGGAGAUCCUGAGGAGGCAGCUGAAAAGGCACCUGAGCAGUCACCUGGUGGUGCUGUGCAUAAGCCUGUGGUGGAGCAGGCAAAGCUUCAGAAUGCCAUAAAGAAAGCAAUGCUCUAUGGUCUAGUGUACCCCAAAGGUGCAGCUGCAUAG